GACCGGGCGGCGGGCGCGGCGCGGCGCACAUGCUGGGCAUGCACCGGUGACGUACUUGAAGGAAGAUUUCAUUUUCUUCAUCUCGCAGCGAGAUCGAGAGUUCUGUGUUUCCUUUUUCUGUACUGAACUGGAGGACAAGAUGGCUGAACAAGAAGAGACGGUACCAGCAUCGGUAACUGCCGAUGAAACCACUGCAGAGCCUGAAGUGGAGCAGGACUUGGCUGCGCCAGAAGAAUCCGAGCCUCUGCAGGCGGACGAGGACGUCGUUAACGUUCAAACUGAAGAAACUGAAGAUGUUCCCCUGAAUACUGAGGAACCGUCCGCUGAGGAGGAGAGUAAUGAGAAGACUGAGAGUUCUACGACAGGGGCUGAGCCUGCAACAGGAGGCACUUCUGCAGAGCCCGAAGACUCUCGUAAAGUUUUUAUCGGAGGAAUAUCGAGGCAAACUUCCGAAGAUGGGCUCCGCGAGUACUUCUCAAAGUUUGGCGAUAUUGAGUCAGUUGUAAUCAAGACCGACCCUCACACUCAUGAACCUCGCGGAUUUGGGUUUGUCACAUUUGUCGACAGUAGUACAAUAGAGAAAAUGAAAGCCGGCGGUCCACAUGUAAUUGACGGCAGGACAUUAGAGCCAGAACUCGCGGUGCCAAUGAAUGUUAAGAGUCGCUCACACAAAAUUUUCAUCAGUGGUCUCACUGAGGAUAUGACGGAAGAGGCCAUUCGCAACCACUUCAACCAGUUUGCAAAGGUAUGCGAGGUUGACAUUCCAACGGAGAAAGGUACGACCAAGAGGCGUGGAUUUGCAUUCCUCUCUUUUGAGUCUGAAGAUAUCGCCAAGGAUGUUGUAUCAAAAGGCUCCCAGACCAUUGACAAUGUUUCUCUGGAAGUGAAACGAGCUACACCGAAAACCGAACCAGCCGGCGGCCGUGGUGGAUUUGGCCGCGGUGGCGGCAGAGGAGGUCGAGGAGGUCCUGCUUACGGACGCGGCGGAGGUUAUGGCGGUGGCUACGGUGGUGGCGCCGGCGGCGGCAGUGGUGGAUACGGAGGUGGACGCGGAGGUCGAGGAGGCAGUAGUGGCUACGGCGGUAGCUACGGUGGUGGACGUGGCGGCGGACGUGGACGUGGUGGUGGUGGCGGCGGUGGCAGCUAUGGUGGAAAUGGUGGCUAUGGCGGCGGUUACGGUGGUGGUGGUGGUUACGGCGGCGGUGGCUACGGCGGUAACUCUGGCUAUGGCGGUGGCGGCUACGGAGGCGGUUACGGCGGUGGCUAUGGCAACAACGGCGGUUACGGUGGCGGAUAUGGAGGCGGCUAUGGUCAAGGUGGUAAUAGUGGCUAUGGAGGUGGGUAUGGUCCGGGUCCCUAUGGCCAAUCUGGCUACGGGUACGGUUCACAAUACGGCAUGGGAGGUGGUGGUGGUGGGGAUCGAUAUGGCCCUGUCCGCAACAAUCAAUACGGCUCUCAUAGAUCAGCCCCUUACUGAGCAAAGGAAUGUGUGCCAGUUUGAGAUUUGCUGAGUUUGUUCCAGAUCGUUGAAGUUGGAAGUUGCAGAAAGAGAAUGAGGGAGCAAUUCAUCUUCAGAGAUCUUUUUCUUGUUGAAGGUUUCCAGUCAGAGCUUGCGGCACUUGCCUUUUCACCAACAUUCUGUAGCCCGAAUUGAUCACACUGUAGUAAAUGGAAUGGCAGCUAUUGAAAGCAGUUGUUGGUGUUGGUGUAGUGAGUUUCAAGCCACUUGUUUUUCAUUGUCCUUUAUUACUUUUCAAUCACUAGUCAGGUGUGGUCAGUGUGCAUGCGUGUGUGUGUGUUGUGUUUAUUAGGUGUUCGCCUUUCUUGUUUUAGUCCCCUAACUAAGCAUGUAGUUUUGUAGCACCGCAGCUUCCCUUGUGCUGACCCUCUAAACCAGUCCGUUUUGAAUAGUACUGCAUGCCUGUCCAAUCCCCUCACGAAAUGACAUGAAGAGCAUCAAAUUUGUUUCGCUUGUGCUUGCCACUGCACCUCCUUGCACAUUUUGUUUCCGACUUGCCAUGCAGCUUUUUUGCAACCCGUCCUGUUUUCUUAGCCAUGGCUGUUUGCAGAAGAUUAAUUCUUGACAUAGGUCUUGCCUGUCAGUGUAUGGAGUGACCUUUGUACAGCCAUUGGCAUUGGUGAUGAUUUUGAGCCGGAACUUUGUUUUACGCAGUGGCAAUGAGUUGUUCUGCAAUUGUUUUGACUUUUGUGAUAAGUUCAAAGAUUUGGAAUCUGAUCUUUCAAUGCUUUGGUGCUCUUCAAUCCCUUUGCAGUACGCUGGUGCUCUUCAAUCCA